GUCCUCGGAGCCGCGAGGCCCCAGCGUCCCUUGUGGUUCCACGUGAGGGCGUCAACGAGUCGCUGCGGCCGAUGGCUCAAUGGGAACUACAUUACCCAGAAGCCCGUGCGCCGCGCAGCGGCGGUACUCUUAAGGGCAUUUCCGUACGUGCGGAAGUCGUCUGGGAGGGACUUCCGGCAUCUUUGCGGCGGACAUUUUGUUGGCUUUUGGUCGACCCGUCAGAGCAUAACGUUGGGAGCUGUGGUUCGAUUCAGAGGUGACGGAAAGUGAGAAGGCGCGAGUGGCUACCCUGUCCUCGAUGCAGAGUGGCUUGGUGGUGGUAACGCUCGCGAGAAUUCCGCCGCCUGGCCGAGCGACGGCUAUGCCCGGUUUCCGACCUGGGAUCCCUCCCGAAUCUGUGUGGUCCAGACUGUGAUGGCGGCGGCCUUGGGGACGGACCCGCUUAGGUGGGUGCUGCGUUCCCCGGAUCUUGACGCGUCCCGCCCCCCACCUUCGAAUCGUAGGACCCCGAGUUGUUGUUGGCAUGGAGUGGAGAAUGAGAAUGAAGAGGCACCUUCUGAGCAGAGUGUUUCUGUAGCAGUGUCACAUGUUCAUACUUUCAAGGCAGAUUCAUCGACCCAGAUGGCUCACUCUUGUGACUUAUGUGGCCCAAUCUUGAAAGAUAUUUUGUACCUGGAUGAACACCAAGAAACACACCAUGGACUGAAACCUUACACAUGUGGGGCCUGUGGGAGACAAUUCUGCUUCACUGCAAACUUUGACCAGCACCAGAAGCUGUACAAUGUAGAGAAACUCUUAAGAGGAGACAAAGGCAAGACCCCAUUUGUGAAGAACUGUAGGGCUUGUGAAGAACCUUACCUGUCAGAGAAGCCCUUUGCAUGUGAGGAGGAGCAGAAGAACUUCCAGACCAGUUUGGGCAGUCACCAGCAAAAGGCCACCCCCAACAAGAGGAAAACAAGGAGCACUGAGAGCGGGGAGGCCUAUCACAUUGGACAAAUGCAUUACAAGUGCAGCGAAUGUGGGAAAGCUUUCAGUCGCAAAGAUACGCUUGUCCAGCACCAGAGAAUCCAUACUGGAGAAAAGCCUUAUGAGUGCAGUGAAUGUGGGAAAGCAUUCAGCCGCAAAGCCACACUUGUCCAGCACCAGAGAAUCCACACAGGAGAAAGGCCUUAUGAGUGCAGUGAAUGUGGAAAAGCCUUUAGCCGCAAGGACAACCUUACUCAGCACAAAAGAAUUCACACUGGAGAAAUGCCUUAUAAGUGUGGCGAAUGUGGCAAAUACUUCAGUCAUCACUCCAACCUAAUUGUACACCAGAGAGUUCACAAUGGAGCAAGGCCUUUUAAGUGCCACGAUUGUGGGAAAGUCUUCAGACACAAAUCCACACUUGUUCAGCAUGAGAGUAUCCACACUGGAGAAAAUCCUUAUGUUUGCAGUGAAUGUGGGAAAUCCUUUGGCCACAAGUACACCCUCAUUAAACACCAGAGAAUUCAUACUGAGGCAAGGCCUUUUGAGUGCAUUGAAUGUGGGAAAUUCUUUAGUCGAAGCUCUGACUUUAUUGCACACCAGAGAGUUCACACAGGUGAAAGGCCUUUUGUGUGCAGCAAAUGUGGGAAAGAUUUCAUCAGAACCUCCCACCUUGUUCGGCACCAAAAAGUUCACACUGGAGAAAGGCCAUAUGAAUGCAAUGAAUGUGGGAAAUCGUAUAGCUUAAGCUCCCAUCUCAUUAGGCACCAGAAAGUUCACACUGCUGGAAGGCUUUAGGAGUGCUUCCCACACAACAGAACUCACGGCGAGGAGCUCUGUAACUGCCUUUAGAGAGGGAGACAUCAAUCAUGUGUCAAACCACAUAUAUCUGGACAUUAAUACUGUGGAGUAUUUUAUGAAUGCCAGGCGCAGGGGAAGCUUUCAGGGGCUAUGUUGCACUUUCAGACCUGCUCAGGUUCCUUGCCAUAUUUGUUAGUGUCAGUGCCUGUGGCUGAAACCAUCUCAACUCUACCAGCUUAAUUACCUUAAUAUUCUUACGGGAGGCAGAACUUCAUACUCUCUUCAAUCCCUGGAGAAAAUUGUAAGAAACCUGAAUUAAAUGGUGGUCCUCAUUUGCUCCCCUCUGACCGGAAAAGGUGUGGACAUGAUCCACCUUUAGCCAAGAGGACAUGAGCUGUGUUCUGGUAGCAGAAAAGGUUUACUUUAUUCAUGGACAUUGUUGGUCUCAUGUGAUACUUGUGAUGAAUUUUUCCAGCCUCCAAGUCACCCAGCUGGAUAACUACUUGCCUCAUGUUGCUCUGGUUUGUGUGGUAAUAAAUACCUUAUUAUUUAAGCCACCUUUAAUCUCGGAGGUUCUUUUUAGUGGCUGGAGUGGUUUAGAAAUUAGAAACCAUUAGACUGCCAAACUGAAGAGGUAAACUGUUUGUGGUGGGCUCUCAACUGUGUGCCUCAAAUGGAACAGCAGCUUGGCAGAGAACAGUUCUCAGUCCAGUCUUGGUGUUAAUUUCCAUUGCUGACAGAAGGGUGAGAAUUCAGGGCUUUGUAGGCCUGAUUUUGUCUGGAUUUCAGAGUUAUUAGAGGGUCCAGACAUCACCUUGAGGAGGGUGGUGUUGUAACAACCUACAACAUGUUUGGGAGCAGCAUGGCUUCAGUGUUGUUUUCACAGUAUAUCCCACAUUCCCUGGCACUGUUGAGGGGCAGCUGUUCCUCAGGACCUGCCAAGUGCCAUAUGCCUUGAAGGCCAGAAUCUGGUACAGGAGUCACUGGCUGUAAGACUUACUGUGUCCAGGGAGGAAACAAAAUUGAUACAGAAACACUGGGUGUGAAUAAUUGGGAUUGGAGAGACUGCUGCAGAUGAGAAUGGGUGUGCCCAUGCUAAAAACACAUCCAUAAACAUUCAAGUCACUGUCGCUGGAUGAGAUCAUGUAUAGAGAUGGUCGUGCUCUCUGGGGCUGUCUCAUUCUUACAACCAGGGUCAGUGGCAGAGCAAAGAAUGUAGUUUUCCUCAAUUUCUGUGCCUCCUUGGGCUCUUCAGCUGAUGUCUUUGCUGCAUGGGCAGGAACCCUGGGACUGAGAAUAGAACUAUAGUCAACAUGCAGUAUACUGCACACACUGUACAGUUUGGUAAGCCUUAAUAUAUGUAUACACAUUUGAAAUCGUCUAGUCAUGAUAUUGGAUAUAUCCAUCACCCUUUCUCUGUGCCUUUCCUAAUAUUUUCCCUACCAUCCCUAGGCAACCAUUGAUUGACUUUCAGUAUAGAUAAAUUUGCCUUUUCUAGAAUUCUAUUUAAGUGGAACCUUAAAAGUUUAUUUUUGUCUGCUGUCUUGCAGCCUGAUUAUUUUGAGAAUCAUCCAUAGCUCAUUUUAUUGCUGAGUAAUGUUCUGUAUGGAUAUACCACACCAUAUCAAUUUAUCUUAAAUGAUAUUUGGAGGUUCCCCCCCCACAUAUUAAAAUAAAGCUGCUGCAAAUAUUCAUGUGCAAGUCUUUUUAUGGACAUUUAGCUGAGGACAUUUCUAAAAAGUUUUGAAAGUUGUGGCCUCGUUUCUUCUUACUGAUUAUAGUAAAAUGGGAUAGGGAAAAGUAAAUAUAGGGAAGACUUGAAAAACAGAAAAGACCCAAGAUUUGAUGGUUUGGGAAAUUCUCAGCAAAUUUUUUUUUUUUAAGACAUUGCUUCUUCUUUUUUUUUUUUUUAAAUUUAUUUUUGGCUGCCUUGGGUCUUCGUUGCUGCACGCGGGCUUUCUCUAGUUCAGGCGACUGGGGGCUACUCUUCAUUGCAGUGUGCAGUCUUCUUACUGCGAUGGCUUCUCUUGUGGAGCAUGGGCUCUAGGCACAUGGGCUUCAGUAUUUGUGGCACGUGGGCUCGAGUUGUGGCUCAUGUGCUCUAAGCCCAUGCGCCACAACUAUUGAGCCCAUGUGCCACAACUACUGAGCCCAUGUGCCACAACUACUGAAGCCUGUGCACCUAGAGCCUGUGCUCCACAAGAGAAGCCAGGACAAUGAGAAGCCCGUGCACUGCAACAAAGAGUAGACCCCACUCACUCCAACUAGAGAAAGCCUAUGCACAGCAACGAAGACCCAACACAGCCAUCCAUAAAUAAAUAGAUAAAUAAA